GCUGACCGACUGAACUUCCUGCUGCACCAACCCUUGAAGUGAGUGUUUGACCAGAACUUUCCCUUUCUUCUUCCAUAUGAUUUUUUCGUCUUCUUCUUCCUCUCCUCUGCAGUUCAAGCCAGAGCUCAUAAGCCAAGAUAACAAUAAAUCCUCAGCAACCCUAUUCUUAGCAAAAUCUAAAGCUUGGCAUGGGGGGCAGCAGUAAUCUUGAUUUCUUAAGGUUUCUUGUCUUAAUAUCAUUCUGUCUCCCUCUCACCUAUGCAGCAGCAGAAACCUCCACUUCAAACAUAUGCCCUAUGGACCUUAACUAUGUCUUAAGAAUCCCGUGGAACCAAACUCUUUGUCGAAACUUCAACCCUCUUGCUCAAAAUGACAAUACCAACAGCACAAGCAAGCCCCCAUGUUGCCAAACCAUACUCUCCCUCUUUGGGGUUGCCCUAUCUCAACAUCUCAAAGAAACCUCUUUUUUUCAACUUCCAAACUUAGCUACCUCUAGUUCUUGCCUUCAAGAUUACCAGUCAAAGCUCAGCUCCUUUUCUCUUUCCGACAAUCUUGUCUCUCACUGCUUUAACCCUUUACAGUUUGUUACAGCACCUAACAUCUGUGCCCGUAUAGAGACAUCUCAAGACUGGGUUGAUCAACUUGGUAAGUCGACUUCUCUUGAUUCAGAUUGCCGGUCUGAUCUUACUGAUCUUACAGCUUGUGAUUCUUGUCUUAGAGCUGGUAAUAAAGUACAGUCGUUGUUGCUGUCUGCUGAUGGUAAUCAAACUCAUGCUCAAGAUUGUUUUUACUUUGCUGUUCUCUAUGCUGCUGGUAUUGUUAACGAGUUUGGUCCUGAAAGUGAUGGUGUUGUUUCAUGUAUAUUUGGUUUGGAAUUAAAUUCAAGAGUUGGUUCGGCUAGCAAUUCUCAUUCUGCUCUUGUUUUUGGCUUGACUGGUGCUGGUGUUGCUAUUUUGGUAAUGUCUAGUUUGUUAGGAUUGUAUCUUUGGUAUGAUAAGAAAUGGAGAAGGAAAAAGAAUCUAGGGUUUGGUUUUGAUUUAGAUGAACAACAAGGGUCUAGGCCUAAACUGAGGCCGAAUACAGGGUCAAUUUGGUUUAAAAUUCGGGAUCUUGAGAAGGCAACAGACAAUUUCUCGCAGAAGAAUUUUAUUGGGAGAGGCGGGUUUGGUUUUGUUUACAAGGGGUUUUUAUCUGAUGGGACAGUGGUGGCUAUUAAAAGGGUUAUAGAAUCUGAUUUUCAAGGUGAUGCAGAGUUUUGCAACGAGGUUGAGAUUAUUAGCAACUUGAAGCACAGGAAUUUGGUGCCACUCAGAGGGUGCUGCGUGAUUGACGAUGAUGUAAAUUCUGAUGAGAGAGGCAAUCAGAGGUAUCUUGUUUAUGAUUACAUGUCAAAUGGGAAUCUUGAUGACCAUUUAUUUCCAUCAUCGGAUAAUCAAAUUCAAAAGCAAUUGUUAAGUUGGCCUCAAAGAAAGAGCAUAAUUUUGGAUGUGGCGAAGGGAUUAGCUUAUUUGCACCAUGGAGUCAAGCCUGGAAUAUAUCAUAGAGAUAUCAAGGGGACAAAUAUAUUGUUAGAUGCUGAAAUGAGAGCAAGAGUUGCCGAUUUUGGGUUGGCAAAGCAAAGUAGGGAAGGGCAGUCUCAUCUUACGACAAGAGUGGCUGGAACUCAUGGGUACUUAGCACCCGAAUAUGCUCUUUAUGGUCAAUUGACUGAGAAGAGCGAUGUUUAUAGCUUUGGGGUGGUUGUUUUGGAAAUCAUGAGUGGGAGAAAAGCACUUGAUUUGUCUUCUUCAGGGUCACCUCGUGCUUUAUUGAUCACAGACUGGGCCUGGUCAUUGGUGAAAGCUGGAAAAGUGGAACAGGCAUUGGAUGCUUCUUUGUUGAGAGGUAGUGAUUCUUCAAAUUCAAACCCGAAGGGGAUAAUGGAAAGGUUUGUGCUGGUUGGGAUUUUGUGUGCUCAUAUAAUGGUGGCUCUAAGACCAACCAUUCUGGAUGCACUGAAAAUGUUAGAAGGAGAUAUUGAAGUUCCACAGAUUCCAGAUCGACCAGUGCCUCUUGGGCACCCUUCGUUCCAUGCUGAUGGCAAUAAUUUCAGCAUCUCACCAGUAUUGAGUGGACCAAAAUUACAGCCUGGAGCCAUGCUUAGGUAAGCACUAAUGUCCUUAAAUGUCUUUCUUCUGCAUUACCUAAUGGAUCUAGAGAGGUGGAUGCAUGCAUGCGGCAGACAUGCAUCUUUCGGUAGUUAACUGCAUAUUCAAGAAUGAUUGGUAAAGAAGAUGAAUUUAAAGUAUGUUGAGCCAUUGAACUGUAUAGUGCUCCAUAUGUGGAGAUUAAUUCAUGAGCAUCUCAAGUUAAGAGGUAGAAAGUUUAGGGUAGCAUUAGUUGUGGAGAAUUUAGUCAGAAUUACCAACACUGUGAUGCUUUGAUGUUCUGAAGCACCCAACCUAUUCUUAGUAGGAUUUUGAAGAUGGACAUGAACGUACAGUGUGUGUUUUUAAUCUGCUACUGUGUAUGAAAUCAUUGACUUAAAGCAUCAGUUUGUAUAUAAUUGAUUGAAAGGCAAUAGAAUUGGAAUUUAAAA